AUGGCGCUCAAAAAAACCGACAGCAGCAAACUCCUCAUGGCGGUGGUGUGUUUGGUGGCAGUCUGCAGCUCUGUUCCUAUCAGUGAUCUUCUGGACCGAGCCUCUCAGGGCUCAGAUAAACUGCACGCUCUCAGCACCAUCAUCUCUCAGGACCUGAACUCUCACUUCCCUCCCAUUGGUCAGGUGAUUAUGCCCCGCCCCUCGAUGUGUCACACCUCCUCUCUGCAGACGCCCAGCGACAAGCAGCAAACUCUGCAAGUUUCUGAGUCGGACCUCCUCUCUCUGGCUCGCUCUCUGCUCCAGGCCUGGUCCGACCCCCUGCUGGCUCUCUCAGCUUCAGCAAACACCCUCCAUCACCCCGACCAGACCUCCAUCUCCAACAAGAUCCAGGAGCUGCAGCUGCACUCCAAGAGCCUGGGGGACGGCCUGGACAUCCUGUCUGGGAAGAUGGGUCCUGCAGCUCAGACCAUCUCUUUGCUUCCCUUCUCUGGAGGAAAUGACAUCGGCCAGGACCGGAUUUCACAAUUAAUCAACUUCAACUUCCUGUUGUCUUGUUUCCGCCGCGACUCCCACAAGAUCGACAGUUUCCUGAAGGUUCUUCGCUGUCGGGCCACGAAGGCGCAGCCUCAGAUGUGUUGA